UCUACUAUUUUCUUUAAUUGUGAUAAAAGCUGAUCUAUUUUUCUAGUCGCAUUAUAGCUCCUAUCAAGUUGAGGAUAAGGUGGUCUAAAAUUUCCAGUCUGUUUAUAAAAUAAUGUCAUCCGCAGAAUCGGACGAUGAACCGCUCUCGGUUUUGGCCGCAGCUAAAAAAGCAAACCCUCAGCCAAUGGAAGAAAAUAUAGAUGAGGAUACACAUUCCACACAUUCAAAGAGAAGAAAAAAGACAGUAGUUGUAAAAAAGUCGAACAUUUCGCUAAAAAUCAAUAAAAAACUACAAGAAAUACUGUCACCUCCCGUCACCCAACGACCAGCUGAUGUGUGGUUGUACUUGAAAGAUCUGAAUGCAACAGGACCGUACACAUGCUUGUUAUGCUCAGCGUGGUUUAUAAACAAAUCAAAAAUUAUCAUGCACUAUGCUUUGAAUCACAAGAAGGACUUCUGUGGCAUAUGCAGAUACUUUGUACUAGACAGGGAGGCUUGGUUUGCACAUGAAAAGUUUCACACUCCCUGGCCAUGCUCACAGUGCAUUGACUCCUUUGCUACUGAGCCCCUUUUGAGGGUCCACCUCCGUACAGCCCACAAUUUAGUCCACUGCCGGCUAUGCCACUUCCGAGUUCCAGCAGACGAAGAAUAUGAAUCACAUCUUUACCAAAAGCACAAUGUUACUAAUCCAGCUGUCAAAGAAGUGGAGAGCUUAUGGGAAAUAGACUAUGACAUACAGAAAUAUGUUUGUCUUUUAUGUUCAAAAGGAGAUAACCUAUUCUCUACAUUCUUUUCCCAUUUCAUGGGCUACCAUCAUUUUACCUUGAAAUGUUUGACUGGUAUAGUGGCCGGCAAGGACCCACCGUUUUUAGUUGAUGGUGCGGAUGUCAGUGAACAGUUUAUUGAGGAUCAAUUGAAAGGUAUGACACGUCUUGGCUAUGUUGAUUUGGAGCAGCAGAAAAUGCCUAUUUCGAGAGCAAAUACUGAGUUUCAGGAUUCUCAAGUUCCUGAAAAUCUUCAGCUUGAGGUAAAACUAGAAGCUUUUUGUGAUGAGGAGGAAAUAAAAACUGAAAAUGCUGAUACCACAGGAGAUUCAGAUCUGAACGUUGACUAUGAAGGCGUACAAGAUUUUGAUGUGACUCUAACAGAAGUGAUAGUUUUAGAAAACAGUUACUUUGACUAUUUAGACAGUACACAGAGGGCUCUCAAUUUAAACACAGUGCCGGAAAACUCAGAUAUCAUGUACGAACAUAUGAAACCAGAAUUAUUCUGCGCUCUAUGUGACUCAAAAUUUCAAACUGAACCGGCAUUUUUGGUACACAUUUCCAAAAUGCAUAACGUAAGAGUAGUGCCUUUGUAUUCAUGUCGAGUUUGUGCAACCACAUUUGAUACACAGACGGAACUUAAAUCACAUAUUACAGAGGAAAUGGGUGACUUUGAGGAUCUAUGGAUAUGUCAGUUCUGUGACAAAGAAUUUGAUAAUAGAGAGUCUUGUAGAAGACAUUUGACAGAACACUGGCACAGUUUGGAGUUUGACAACUGUUUCAGUCCACAACUGGGAUUUAAAUGUAAAUACUGUCCCACAUUAUUUUGGAAUGAACCGGAACGAGAAGCACAUCAAAUAAGGGCACAUAUCAACAAACAUAAGGAUGACUUUUAUAAAUGCCAAAAAUGUUCUUUAAUGUUUAGUGAUAAGGUAUGGUUUAUGUUUCAUUAUUUAGAGAAACAUAAAAGUGAUGAAACGAAAUAUUCCUAUCUGUUCAAAUGUUGUGUCUGCUGCAUAGUUCUGCCUAGUCUACAGGAUACAAGAUCACACUUUAAGGAACAUCAUCCGGAAGCUAAGAAAACUUAUUGCUCUCUAGAUCCAUGUAAAUUCAAACCUCUGACACACAGGAAAUCAUUAAAAGUACAUGUGAAGAGUAUCCACGGCUCCCCUAAAAGUCCGAAGCGUGAGUGCGUAUCGUGUGCUGAAUGCGGGCGCGGAUUCGCCACGGCGCGUGCGUGCAGCGCCCACGCGACGCAGGUUCAUGGUCAGGGGAAAUUCAAGUGUAAACUGUGUAGAGAUGUACUGCAUACCUUGGAUGAGAGAAAACUCCACUACCUCCUUCGUCAUCCCGGCCGCCAUCCGUUCGAGUGCGGUGACUGUGGCAAGUCGUUCCAAUACAAGUCGUCGCUGUACAUGCACAAACAGGAACACGCGCCCAACAAACAGGACUACAAGUGUGAAUACUGCGGGAAGAUUUUUGCGAAGAAGGAUUCCUUCCGCGAGCAUCUCCAGAUCCACUCGGGUCCGCGGCACGCGUGCUCCUACUGCCCCAUGCGGUUCGUCCAGCGCUCCAACAUGCUGCGUCACGAGCGUCGUCAUACGGGCGAGCGGCCGUACGCGUGCCCGCACUGCCCGCGCACAUUCGCCGAUAAGGGCGCCUGUACCGCGCACUCCAGAACCCAUUCGAAAGCUACAUCGUUCGCAUGUAUUUACUGCGGGCAGACGUUCGUUCAAAAGUCCAAGCUUACUUACCAUAUUCGAAAACAUACUGGAGAGAAUUUGGAAUCAUGUACAGUGUGUUCCAAACUAUUUACCAGCGCAUGUUCUCUACGCGAGCACAUGAAGAUACAUGUUGAGAAUAAACAGAUUGUCAAAUGUCCACUUUGUGACAAAAAGUACCAAGACGAGCGUUACAUGCUUCGACAUCUGCGUACGUCACACACCGGUUCCACAUACACAUGUCCCGUCUGUCGGAAGUGCCUCACCAGUUCCACUGGCCUACGUCACCACGUCCUCACUCAUAGCCGCCUCAACACUUUCCGAUGCAAGGUGUGCACCAAAUCAUAUGCAGCUAAGAAGUCGAUGAUAAAGCAUCUCAAAAAGCGACACAACUUGGAUGUUUCAUUAAUUAACACCAAAGAAUAUUUCUUCCGCUUGGACCCAAGGGACUGCAAAUUGGGCCUAGACGAGGAGACAAUGAACAUGAUAUUCGGACCCAAAAAGUUUGUUAGUGAUGUUAUGAUUAGUGAUUAUGUGACUUUAGCUAAAAAUGUUAAUGUGAAUAAAGAAGACAAGAGAGAAAGCAGCGUUGAACAAGCUAAAGAGAGUGACAAAAGUGAUAGCGGCAUGGAGUUUGACACUGUUAAUAUUAAACAAGAAGUGCAUAGUGAGGAGAAUUCAUUAGAACCAACAGAUUUUGUGAGUGUCAAAAUUGAAAAUGUAGAUGAUAGUUACAAUGAAGAAACCACAUAGGUCUAUAACACAAUAAUAUUAUUGUUUCAUUACUCAUUAGUAAAUA